AUGGACUCGGCGGCCUCUUUACAUUACGAAGCAACGGAAAGCGAGCCGAUGCAAGUCGUCCAGACCGCAAGGGCCGCACUGCUCAGCUGUACCGCAUGGUUCUAUCGACACUCUGGAUCAUACAACCAAGCAGCCACCUUCCUCGAGGAGGCAAUUAGGAUCCAGAAAGCGAGGAAGGGCGUCACGGAUAUCGAAACCAUUGCCAGUAUCGAGCGACUAGCCGAAGUCCAGCGAAUCAUGGCACACUACGCGGAAGCACAGAAACUGAUCGAAGAAGCGGUCGAAGCGAAGAAGAAAAUUUUGGGGUCUCACGACCCGGGAACGCUCACGAGCAUCAGCAGCCAGGGCGUCAUCCUGCAAGCUCGGGGCCAUCAUGCAGCCGCAGCCGACGUCCACAACCAAGUCUUCGAGAGCCGACGAGCAAUUCUGGGGCUAGCCCAUCCUGACACUCUGAUGAGCAUGAGCAACCGCGCCGUCUCUCUGCGAUCUCUUGGCCAAUUCAAAGAAGCAGAAGCCCUGCAACGCACCGUCCUCCGGGAGCGAACCCUGCUCUUUGGCGAGAAUGACCCCCUGACAUUAACCAGCAAGAGCAACCUCGCCUACGUCCUGCAGUCCAACAGCCAAUACGCGGAGGCCGAAGCACUACAUCGCGAAACACUCCGCGGCCGGCAGCAGAUUCUCAACGAGAACCACCCGCAAACGCUAAUGAGUAUGCACAACCUGGCCGAGUGUCUCCGCCAACAAGACAAGGACCCCGAGCAGGUGAUCGAGCUGCACCAGGGCGUCGUAAGACAGCGGCAACUGGCCCUCGGCGCGCAACACGUGCAGACGCUCGAGAGCAUCCAGGGCUUGGGCAGGGCGAUGUGCCGGGGCGGCAAGCCUGAGGAAGGAAGGCAGCAGAUUGAAGGGGCGCUGUCCGGCUUGCAGCAAGCGCUUGAUUCAUCUCAUCCCAAGGUCAUGCUUUGCAUGGACACGCUGGCGCAGUGCUGCGAGGAAUGCGGCGAUCGUAUGGCCGCCAAAUCAUACUAUGAGCAAGCGCUUGCUGGGUAUGAGGCGAGGCUAGGGAAGAAGCACCCGACAUAUAUGGCGUGCCAUCAGAGGUACGUUGAGCUGCUGAAAAGGGCUCAAGACGUUGCUCACUGUGACAGAGCGAUAGAAAGGGAACCCAGGGUAACGUUGGCUGUAACGAGAAUCGCUAGCCCGGUCCCUGCCGGCACACUUGUAUAG